AUGAUUACAAUAGCCUUCAGCCUGUUUGGCCUGUUUGCGUGUCUUCUUGGGGCCGGGGCCGGCGCGGCUUCCGAGACGAUCACUCGCGAUGUGGUGAUUGUGGGCGGAGGAAGCACCGGCACCUACGCAGCCAUCCGCUUCAAGGACUUGGGCAAGUCCUUCGUCGUGGUCGAGCGUAGCCACCGUCUGGGUGGCCAUGCAGAGACCUUCUAUCCAGCCGAUCACACCCCCAUCAACUACGGGGUCGAGGGACUCUUCAACACCAGCGCGACGCGAGCGUAUCUACAGCGACUCAACGUCACGUAUGAAGUGCGCGUGCCCGCUUCGUCCACGGACCAGUAUCUCAACCUGAGAACCGGCGCUAAGGUGCCGGUCGAGCCCUUUGACGAGCAGCAGGUCCUGAAGCCAUACCUCGAUGCCAUCGCCCAGUUCCCCUUCCUCAACGACGGGGUCUACGACCUACCCGACCCAGUCCCAGAGGAUCUGCUGCUCCCGUUCGGCGACUUCGUGAAAAAAUACCACCUCGAAGACACCAUCCUCCCGAACAUCAAUCACGGCUGCGGCGACAUCCUGAGGACGAUGACCCUCUACCACGUCCAAUACCUCGGAAUCCCGCACGCCAAAGCCCUGGGAGAUGGCUACAUCCGCCCCGUGAACGGCAUGGCCGAGAUCUACACCCGGGCGGCGAAGGAAUUGGCCCCCCCACCUCCUGUCACCGUCCGUCACGCCAACGGGACAACGCGACUCAUCCGCGCGAACCAACUCCUCCUCACUAUCCCCGUGACGCUCGAAAACCUGCGCGAUAUCAUCGACCUCGACGCGCACGAAACGGACCUCUUCGCCCGCUGGCGCCACCAAACGUACUACACCGCCCUCAUAAACAACACCGGUCUCGUCGACGGGGUGAACCUCCUCAACAUCGACCCGGACAACCCUCUGUCCGUGCCAUACGAGCCAUUCAUCUGGCGGAUCGACGCCCAGCGCGUUCCCGGAUACCGCACCAUCAAGCUAGUGGGGAACCAGUCCUUCACCGCGUCCGAUGCGCGGCAGUUGUUGGUGGAGACGUUCGCCCGGCUCCGUGCGCAAGGUACGUUUCCGACGGCGCGGAUGCCGCAGAUCGUGACCUGGGGGGACCACACGCCGGCGACGAUGAGUGUGAGUGCAGCGGAGAUACGGGAUGGGUUCUACAGGGAAUUGUAUGGCUUGCAGGGACGGCAUCGCACGUUCUACACGGGGUUGUCGUGGGCGUCGGAUUACUCGAACUUGCUGUGGGCGUAUACGGAUACCGUGAUUGAGCAGAUGCGAGCGGCUUGGGGACAGACGAUGUGA